AUGGGAGGAUUUAUACAAAGGAAAAGGUGCCAUGGCCAAGAUAUCGAGAUAUUUGCGGUCUCAUUGGCAGAUAUACAGAAGGCACUGGCCCCAAAGAGACAUAUUGACCCCUGUACAAAGCUACCAAGGCAAUACUGGAAAUACCUAAGGCUCUUCGAACAAGACAAAGCUGAAGAACUACCACCGCACCGGGGAGAUGGGAUUGAUCACAAAAUCGAGCUCAUAUGGGAGGAGAGUGGGAAGGAUCCUGAAGUCCCCUGGGGCCCCCUUUACAACAUGACCCAGGAAGAACUAAUAGUCCUCUGGAAAACACUCUCUGAACUACUACAGAAAGGCUUUAUCUGUGACUGCUAUCCAUUGCCCCUGAUCCAUGAGACACUGAACCAAAUUGGACAAGCCAGAUGGUUUACUAAGCUGGAUGUGUCUGCUGCCUUCUACAAGAUCUGCAUAGCCAAAGGCCAGGAAUGGAUGACUGCCUUCCAUAUGAGAUACGGGCUCUUUGAAUGGCUAGUCACCCCUUUUGGGUUGGCUAAUGCACUGAGUACCUUCCAAAAAUACAUCAACUGGACCCUCCGGGAAUAUCUAGAUGAAUUCUGCUCAGCCUAUAUUGACAAUGUGCUUGUCUAUACCAAUGGGGACCUCUGCCAGCACCGGAAGCACAUAUGA